AUGGUGCUUGCUAGAAGUGCUCGUUUUGAACCACUCAUCUCGUCCGUCCUCGACCAGCCGGGGAUAUUAGGACGUCUGGCUAAGUUGAAGCUGAGACGAGAGGCAUCCUCCCACGAACCAAGCCUCCGUCGGUGUCUGGGACACCAUGGCGUCUUCAGAAAAUGUAUGACGGCCGCAAGUCAGGAGGAUUCCUCCACACAACCUGGCCCAUUCCAGGCCGACCCUCACAAAACACCACCCAAGACACGACAUGCCUCCGAGACUACCACUCUUCGAUCUCAGAUUGCCAUUGCCAUCAAAGGCAUGGUUCGUCGCAGCUCCUCUUCCGUACCACUUGAUGGGAGCAGCGAGUUGUCACGCAUGCAGGCUCGUGGAACUACAAAGCCUCCCAGCGUGGCUCCGCAGAUAGGACACAAUCCUUUUUCGCGGCUAAAGCAAAGGAUCUAUGACAAGGCUGUUGGUUGA